AUGGCGGAGUUGAAAGGGAUAGAGAGUCCAGAAGAAUACAAGGAGAUAUGCUGGGCUGCUCUUUGUGUUGCUUCAUUGAAGCAUGAGAAAUUAAGCAGUGAAAAUGCGUUGGCUUUGCAUGGGAUGAAAACCAAGUUUGCUCGUCAAAUAAGAGCAAGAAGAGACAAACCCAAAGCGCAAAAAGAGUCAGAUAAUCUAACUGAAGAAAGAGUCAAUGCACAAAAUCUGCCUGGAACCCCAAAUUUAUUCCUGCCUUUAAGCAGUUACUUUCCACCAGAUAUCCCUUCAGUGCCAUGUCUUAAUGGCCUCAUUGGAAGGUGCAGCAAACCAUUUGAGAAGCAGCUGACUGAAAGUGAUGUGAAGGUUAGUCAAUGCAGGCUUUCAAUCAACAAAAUUGAUGUGGCACAUGCUGUGAUGCCAUUGUUGAAAGAAGAAGAGGAUUCUAGUGAAGGGAUUCCAGUGAAAGUUUAUGAUGCAGAUGGGAAAGAGUACCCAAUGACGUUUAUAACUUGGUCAUUCAAACUUCAUGUCCUCAAAGAAGGUUGGAUUAACUUUUGCAAUGAUCAUAGCUUACUUGCACACCAAGAUUUUGUUACAUUGUGGGUGUUUAGGAACCUUCAAACAGAUGAUCUUUGCUUUGUGAUCACUUCAAGAAGAUUGGAAGUGUUUGAAGCAAUUAAGAGGAGAAGGCUGAAAUAGAAAUGACGUUGAGCUGAGAUGCUAACAGUCUUGUAUCAGGUUUUGAUUAUAUGUGCUGGUUUUUGGUAUAUUAGGAUUAGGAAGUUGCAAGCGUUUGAAGCAAUAUUAAGAGGAGAAGGCUGAACUAGAGUUGAUUAUAUACACUAGUUUCUUGGUAUAUUAGGAUUAGGAAGAGGCAAGGCAUCAUGCCUGGAGUAUUUUAUUUUAUAUAAAGUAUGUUGGAAAUAUUAAGGGGAAAGAUGGUAAAGGGGAAUACCCUUUCUGGAAUUUCUAUAUAUCAAUUAAACUAACUAUUAUUAUUUUCAUAGUUUGAUGCU